AUGGCUGCAUCGCGGGUGCGAAGACCUCCCCAGCGGAGGCUGCCCUGCCUUCAGCUAGUGCGCUUGUCCAUCAUUGCGGCGAUAGUGUCUUGGCCAAGCUGGAAUUCCACGACCUGGCUUUCGUUGCCGAAGCGACCGGCAACUUUGGAUCGUCGCGGUGCCCUCACCGCAUCACUGGCCGCGCUGAGCCUGCCACAAGCAGCAGUUGCCGAGGAGAAGGUUCCUCCAGGUUCCAUCCCGGCGGAUCUGGUUGCAACAUCUGUUGGUCAGAAGGUGACAACCCCAAACGGUGUUAUCUACGAGCCACUCGAGCUUGGUACAUCGGAGACGGGUCCCAGGAACGGGCCGCCGCGCGGAGGAGCGAAUCUUCUGCUCAGGUAUACUGCACACAUUCAGGGCUUCGACGGUCCUGUCAUAGAUUCAUCUGCAUUCAGGGGCUCGCGUAAGCCCAACAAAGUGGAUUUCGUCGAAUGCAGACUAAACGUUGAUCCAUCGCUCCCAAACUGUGUCUUUGAAGCCAUCAAGCUCAUGAAGGUUGGAGCCAAAGGUCGUGCUGUUUGCCCUCCUAGUUUGAGUUACGGUGAGGGCAAGACUGCGUAUGAUGCUGACGAGAGUGCUGACGUCAAGAAGGUAGAAGCCGGGACUACGCUCUACUAUGACUUGGAGCUGCUCUUUCUCACCUCUGUAGUGGUUCCGAUGGCUCGCCGGGGCGUGGUGGAGCUCGCUGGUACUUUGGGAGCCGAAGCCGAGCUGGAGGUUUCCAAAACAGGUGAGCUUGUGUACCUCUUUCCCCGGGACGUGAAGGGGGCCUUGUCGAAGGUUUCCUCCGCUGCGGCAGCUCGAGAGGCCUGGAACAAAGCGAAGCCUACUGUUUUCACAGCUCUCCGUGCUGCUUUCGGUGUGGCCCUAUUUGCCUCCAUUGCUGUGAUAUACACAGCGAUCAUUGCCAUCAGCACUUCCAGCUCCGACAGGGACCGAGAUGACCGACGAAGGGGUGGAGACUCCUUCGGAGGUGGUGGUUUCGGUUUUGGCCCGACCUUGUAUUAUGGCCCGUCGCCAUUUGAUGUGAUUUUCUACAGACCGUAUUAUUCGUAUUCUUACGGCGGCGAUAUCUACGAUGAUUGGGAGUCGCGGAGUUCUCCGCCAAAAAUGGGCUUCCUCGAAUCAGUUUACAGCUUUGUCUUUGGUGAUGGAGAUCCAAACGCUGGCCGCUUGGAUCGGCAGCUUGCUGCUGUGGCAGCUCUCGCCCGGCGGAACGGCGGAGUUUUGACAGCUGAGCAGAUGGCACCUUUGCUGGACCCUCCCGGAUACAAGUCACCGGAGAGCACGUACAACGUGAAUGAAAGCUGGGUGCUGCCAGCAGUCUCAAGGCUAAAUGGAAGGCCCGAAGUGGCGGCUGAUGGACAAAUCGUCUAUGUCUUUGAUGACCUACGGACCACAGCAGGUGAAACUUCUUCGCGCAAGCCACCAGCAAUCUUGGAGGAGGAAGAGGUUCCUUUCUCUUUGGCGGACGAGGGCAAUCUCACGCUCGUCGUCUUACUCGGUGUCGCAAACCUCGUCGGAGCCGCCUAUCUCGGUGCGCAGUUCGCGGGCCUUGCAGGAUACAAGCUUACAGGCUUCCUGGCUGCAGUGAAAGGCUUCUACCCAGGACUGCUGGCUUACGCCGUGGGGUUUUUCGCUGCCCCGGCCUGGCGAUUCUUUGGCCUCGGUAAGGCGAACAGCGAGAUCCAACAGAGGAACCAAAACCGCAAAGAUUGGUUGAAUGUCCUUCAGUCUGGUGCUGUGGACGGAAAGCUAGCCCAGGCAAGGAGCCUUCGACAGGGCAUGCGGCAGAUUGGCAGGGAGGACUCUGUCUACAGCACCGCGAAGGAGGCACAAAGCCAAUCCAGUCGGAGCGAUCUCGAAGAUUUUGAUCGCCGUCUGCGAAGUUGA